GCGCGCACCGCGACAUUUUACUGGCGCCAGGUGUGAGUCCGGCCACGAUGGGAGGGGCUUGCGGGUACGGAAACUUGUACAGCCAGGGGUACGGGACGAACACCGCAGCCCUGAGCACCGCGCUGUUCAAUGACGGCCUUAGCUGCGGGUCGUGCUACGAGAUGCGGUGCGACGAUGACCCGCAGUGGUGCCUGCCUGGCUCGAUCAUAGUGACCGCUACGAACUUCUGCCCCCCGAAUUACGGCCUCCCGAGUGACGACGGCGGGUGGUGCAACCCUCCCCGCCCGCACUUCGACAUGGCCGAGCCGGCAUUCCUCCAAAUUGCUCAGUACCGUGCGGGAAUCGUACCCGUGGCCUACAGAAGGGUGCCCUGCGUAAAGAAAGGCGGUGUCCGAUUCACCGUCAACGGUCACUCGUACUUCAACCUGGUGCUGAUCACGAACGUGGCGGGCGCGGGCGACGUGCACGCUGUGUCGAUCAAGGGGUCGAACACGGGGUGGCAGCCGAUGUCCCGCAACUGGGGCCAGAACUGGCAGAGCAACUCGUACCUCGACGGCCAGUCCCUCUCCUUCCAGGUCACCGCCAGCGACGGCCGCACCAUCACCAGCUACAACGUCGCCCCGGCCAACUGGCAAUUCGGCCAGACCUUCGAGGGCGGCCAAUUUUAAAUAAAAAAUUAAUUAUAUUUAUUUACUACUGGCUAGCUAGUUUGCAAUAUACAUAUAUAUAUGUGUACAUUUUCUUUUUCCUCAUUUUAGAGAGAGAGGGAGAGAGAGGAAUUUGGCUAUGCAGAGGUUGCUCCACUUUUAGCACCCGCUAAGUCCCUCUCUACAAACCAUAAUUAAUUAGUAGGGAGAUUAUAUUAAUACAAACAUAAAAUUAUAUGGAUGUAUUAAUAUAAUUAGACGGGUGUAUUAUAUAUAUUUGGUUUUUGGUGAAGGUGCCAAGGACAUCUUAUUAUUAGAUUUUAUUUUAGUCAUUGUUUGUAGCUCCCCCACUUCUCAUCACAUGGGUGAGAGAUGCUUGUGGGGAUAUGAUGGUGUUGUAGUACUUUUGUGGGGUGUGAGAGUUCUAUUUUAAUUGGAAUAUUUGAAUAUGUUAUAUGUAUAUGAUUCUUCUAUUAAAAGGUGUUGAUGUAAA